AUGGUAACUAUCGUCACGGAGAAUCACUCCCAGCAGAACGCCGCUGAGGAGCAAUGCUACUUGAUGGAGAUUAAGCGUCUCAUCAAGGAGUUCCACAACCCCAUCGCUACAUGUCUUCGCACCAAUGUCCUCCUUAUCGCCGAUGAGGCGCAGACUGGUAUUGGUGUCACCGUCCGACGCGUACGCUCGCUCAAGAAAGUCAAGGGGAAAGACAAGACCGGCGAAAGUGCGGAGUUAGUCUUUGCCAACAAGCAUAACUACCCACGAAGGCCCAAAGAGCUUACAUGGCAAGAGUGGGCAGGCAAAGACGACUUGGGGGAUGAACCGUAUAGCCGAACCAAACUUCUCUUGGCCUACCUAUUGCGAGUUCACGGGGUGGACUUUAGUAAUAACAGGGUUAUUUCCGACAAGAUGGUGGAGAACGAUUGGGAGCUGAACGAUUGGGAGCUGAACGGUUGGGAGCUGAAUGAUUGGGAGCUAAAUGAUUGGGAGCUAAAUGAUUGGGAGCUAAAUGAUUGGGAGCUAGACGAUUUGGAAUUAGACGCAAUGGACACGGACGAUGAAUGA